AUGACCGACAAGCCCUUGCGAAGGGCAAUGAGCAAUCCUGAAACUGCAGGUCGACUGACGUUGUGGGCAAUAGAGUUGAGCGAAUUUGAUAUCAAGUACCGCCCACGUACAGCCAUUAAAGGACAGAUCGUAGCCGACUUCAUAGCAGAAUUUACUCGUGACGAAGACAAGGGGGCAGAAGAGUCCCCUCAGUGGAGCAUAUAUACCGACGGAUCAUCCAAUAGACGAGCCAGGGGAGCCGGCAUCGUACUGCUGUCACCUGAAGGAGACAGGAUUGAAUGUAUGGUCUGUCUUGACUUCCCCACCACCAACAAUGAAGCGGAAUACGAAGCAGUGAUAGCAGGCCUCGACCUAGCCAAAGCAGCAGGAGCCGCGAGCGUAGUCGUUUACUGUGACUCUCAGGUCAUGACCAAUCAAGUGAACGGAGAUUAUGAAUGCGAGGGGGAAAGGAUGAAGAGAUACCUUAAUCAAGUAAGGGCAAGAAUCGACGACCUAGAAGCCAAGAUCAUCCAAAUCCCCAGGGGAGAAAAUGAGCUCGUCGACCGCCUAGCCAAAACCGCUUCAGCAGAGUAUAUGAUAACCCUGGGUAAUGUACUUUCUUUUGUUCAAUUUUCUCCACUGAUAGAUCCCGGCAACAUGCAGGAGAUAUGCUCCGAAAGCACCUGGACCACACCGAUAGUUUCAUACUUGAAGAACGGGGUAUUGCCAGACGGAAAGGAGGUAGCAAGAAAAUUGAAGGUCCAAGCGGCAAGGUUCGUCUUGAUAAAAGACAUACUAUACAAAAGAAGUUUCUCCCGUCCAUAUCUAAGAUGCCUAGGUGCCGAAGAGGCAGACUACGUAAUGAGGGAGGUACAUGAAGGAAUCUGUGGGAACCAUUCUGGAUCGAGGUCAUUGGUGCACAAGCUGGUACGAGCUGGGUAUUACUGGCCAACCAUGCAGAAGGAUGCCGAGACUUACGUUAAAAGCUGUGACAAAUGCCAAAGAUUCAGCAAUAUUAUCAGGCAGCCAACCGAAGAACUGACCCCGAUGAUGGCUCCAUGGCCGUUCACUCAGUGGGGACUAGAAUUAUGGGACCUUUCCCAACAGCGGUACGACAGCUGA